AUGGCCACCAGCCGAACCGCCUCAUGUCGCCCGUCAAUACGGCUCUCGCCGAUACAUUCGCGGGAGAAUUCCCGUUCGACAUCACCCGAUCGCAAUCCGACAUCCUUAUACCAAAAAAUCGACCCAUUGCUGAGCAAUCUUUCCCCGGAAUCGACCCUUCUAGCCCUGACGACUACCGAAGCUGUACCCGCAAACAGUAAUUUCUCGCACAAUGUACUCUCUCAGAGCAUCUCUCAAGUCACCCCGGGGGAGCGUGCAGUCGGUAUUCGCGCAGCCAUUGCUGCGCAGAAUUUGAACAUAUGGUAUAAGGAAAUUCGAUCUUGGAUGUGGCCCGCGCUUGACGAUGCCAAAAUGGGAGCUGGAUUUGUGCCGCCUGCUGAAACGCCGGCGGACGCAGAGUGCGCCAGCUCAACACUCCACUCUGACCUUCCGGUCGGCAGAGCCUCAAGCAGCUCCGAGAUAGAGUUCUAUGGAAGCCUACCCGCAACGCUUGUGGAAGAGUACGAAAAGAGGAUUGAAGAGAUCCGCGACGGAAUGGAUAAUUUGAACGUCGAAGAAUUGAAGGAGCACGUCCUCAACGCCCACAUUCCAGCCCGCUCCCGCCCUUCCUCAUCAACCAGCUCCGGAUCCGUGCCUCCACCACUCAGCUAUGUACAACUAAGCGAUUUCACUGCCGUGGUCACCGCGACAAUCUUGCGUGCACUGCCAUUGUUGUCGAAAUUAAACAGUCUAUUAACAACUUGGGAUGUCCGUCUUCUCGUCCUGCGCCAAAUCCCAGGUCUCUUGCGGGAGCUGAAGACCACACGACAUGAAAUCGACUCGGCCUUGAAAAAGCUUCGUGCUGCCGACACGCUGCAAAGAAUUGACUCCAGGCAGACCGACUCGCAUUUAGUCGCUGAACAUGGCAAGAUCGAAUCGGCUGUCGUAGCCGUGGGACGUCGAAUGGACAGAGCUCUGGAUUCACUAGAGGGUCGACCGGACUCUCUACCAGAGCGUUGGAUUGAUGAGCUGGAGUCCAUUGAGUCGGACUUCGCCGCUUGGUCGGUUGAGGCCGAACGGUACAGACUUCGCACGAAGUGGCUCUCUAUGAGGCGGAAGCAACGCAGUGAAGAAAUCAUUGUGGAAUCGAAAGUCAAAGAUGAGAUUCCAUUGGCGAUGCAAAUUCCAGAUUUGCAAGAGACCGCCAAUCAAUCUUCCCAGCCGGAAGCUAUGCCUGAGUUGCUCUCUCCCAUCAAAGAAGCGAUGGAGGAUUCAGAAUUGCAUUACAUUUGCGACGAGCGUGAUUCACGGGAUUUUUCCUACGACCGCAGCAAAUCUCCACUUCAAGGUGAAGAGCCACAGCCGUCGAUUCAAGAACCCGAUGCGUCUUUGGCAAUCCCGUCUGUAUCAGAAUCCAAACCCACUGUACCUCCUGAGGAUGUUUUGACCAUUUCCAAUGAUCUGUUCGAUGGGGACUUCCAAGGCCCCACUGAACAAGCUCCACUGAAACACGGUGCUAGGCAAUUGACAGCCGAGGACCCUUCUCUUCAUAGUCAGAUACCACAAACUCCCCAAAUCCCGAGCACGGCAAGCAGUCCUUGUGCCUUUUCCCAUUUCCGGACACCGCCGAUUCCCGAACACAGCCAGGGGUUGACCCGAUUGACAGACUCAAGUCUGACUGAUUGUGACCCGUUCAUUGAAAGUACGGUGGCGCUUAGCGGUGUUGGAGUCAAGGUUGUGUCCCCCAAAGAUUUCAUACAAUCUGAGGGAGGACAUCUCGCCGACGGCCAUCUGCCCGUCAGUCGAGAAAAUGACGAUGUUUCCGGCACGGCGCAGUCUCUCGCAACAUCUUCAUUGUCAUUGUCCCCGAGACAAGAGCCGAAGAGAACACCAGACACCUCAGAGACCUAUCAGGCCGUCAGUUCUUGGAGAUUUAGAGGACGUCCAGGUUCGGCAGAAUAUACGCCGGCCCUUCCCUGUGGCCCAUUUACCAACGAUACUUCUGUCUUCUCGCAAGAUAAACCUCAUCCUUUCUCAGAACUUCAAUGGAAGCCCACGCCACUGGCAAGUUCUGCUCUGAACUCAGACCCAGGUUCUACGUCCGCCGUUGCGGCUGCGCGUGUGGGGGAAGAAGACUCGAAACCGGAGCCCCCAACCGCUCGGAAGCCGUUACAAAGUCCAAUCAAAUUGGCGAAGCACCGUCCUGUUAAAUUGAAUAUCAGUCAAGACGUCCGCAGACCACGUCAAGGCUGUAGGAGAUCGUCGAAUGGUUCUUCGGGGUCUUUGCUUUCUGAGAAUUCCUCUUCGCUUUCAAGCCCAGAGGCCCCUGAGCCUCAAACGAGUUCUUCACACGGGGACGUUCUCAUGACACCAUCCCGAGAAAAUAAUUCUCGUCUCAAGCCCGAAUUUGCGCAAGAAGGUCAUUCGUUGCGGGCAAGUCAUCUGUUGCGCCUCGAGAAUCCAAAGCCUGCCGCGAACGGCUUCUCGGAGAAUCGAGCGGUCAGCCUGCAACUGGAGCGCUUCAUCAACGAUGAGUUUGACUUCGACCGACAUGAACAAGACGACGUCGACGCGAACAGUGAUCGGACCCACUUCAUCAGCUACGCGCCGGGGCCUAGCCGGCCGCCUAGACUGGCUCGCGGAAAAUCCGCAUCGGACCUGAAGGAUGCCGCGAAGUCCAAGAAAUCCGCCGAGCACCCCGCUAAAGUAUUCGGCAUGAACACUGCUCAUCGUGCCCUGAUUCAUCAGGAUCAACCCAAGUCUGUUCGCCUUCGCCAGCGAUUGACCGCUCAUCCCAGCCUUGAAAGUUUGGGUGUCAAAAGGCAAGAUUUACCAUUCGUCGAGGAAGACGAGGCUGAGGUUGCCUAUGAGAGCUCUCGCGCAUCCUCCCCAUUGCGACGCAAACCUCGUGACCACCUUGACGAGAAGAUUGAUUCUAUUCUGAGCGGGCUGUCCGGCAGAAUCCAUCUCGUCGAUGCAAAUCACGACAACGGGAACACGGCCUUAUCUGUGGACCGCAGAUCAAGAUGCCAGUCCGAAUCUCCUCGUGGUGCAACUGCACGAAGUACAACGCCUGCGCCUUCCAUGAUGCUCAUGCCAGCCGCUCGAAGACGGUUGUCUCAUGUCACCAAGCCUGAGGAUAGUUGUGUGAAACUCUAUCACCUACAUCAUGGUGGCCAGACUGCGCCGACCAAACUCUUUGUGCGCACAGUAGGUGAUGAAAAUCAGCGGGUCAUGGUCCGCGUCGGGGGUGGUUGGGCCGAUCUUGGGGAAUACUUGCGUGAAUAUCUCACUCACCAUGGCCGCCGCAAAGUCUCGGAAACACCUCGCGUGGAAGUCCAAGGCUUGACGGCCAAAACCUCACCGAAUUAUGCAUCUCCUGCUGCUGUGAUGACACCUCGAUCUACAUCCCCUUACCUGACAACAGGCCGAGUCACUCCAUCUCGCCCCCCGUCGGUGAUCAGCGCUCGACCAGCAUCCUCGUUGAACGUCCGUAAGAGACGUGGUUCAAAUGUCUCUGAGAUACAUGCGUCUCGAUCCGUGACAGUCGGAGCUAUCACUUCUUUCAUCUCUCCACCCCAAGCCCUUUUAUCCCGUCAACGCAGGGUGUCUAUGUCUCCAGAUUUUUCUUACAACAGCAACAACGAUCUGUCCUCUCCCGAUCUCGCAUCCAACGGAUUUGGCCAUGAUAGCCAGCCGGCUCCUCUUGGUCUCGCGGGUCCCAAACCCCGCUCAAGACAUAUUUCUAUGAGUCCUGAGGGGGAGGCAUGGGUCGAGGAUGUCUUGCAGCAGACGCGGCGGUCUAGCUCCGCCCAUGCCCCAUCUUUCACACUCAACUCUGUACUCGGAGCUGACAAGGCAAACGAAGUCCUUUCGCCUGAGGGACGCGAUCGCCCUUUCAAUAAUCAGCCCCGGCGAUCUGUGCAAAAAGUAUCCAGUGUCAGCGAUAUCAGAUCCGUCGGAGCCAGCAAACAGGUUUCCCUGCGAGGUCUCGGAAACGUGAGAUGA